GCACAGCCUUGUUAAGACAUAUUUUACAUCAUGCAACAUCAGGAGCACCAGCUAUUCCAAAAUUCACUGAGAUAUAUCUUCACGUUCAAAUUUCGAAUGAAGAAGCAUUAAAAUUUUAUAAAAAAUAUAAUUUUGAAAUUGUAGGAACGGUGGAAGGAUAUUAUAAAAAAAUAUCACCAUCAGACGCGUAUGUGUUAAGUAGAAAAUUGGUGAAAGAUUAA